UGUUCCAACCGCGGCUCGGCGACGACCCCGUCGAGGUCGUCUCGUCAUCUCCUACCUUACGCGGCAACAUUUUCGCAAUGCAACUACGAAUCUGGCUGACCGUUUUAUAACGGCGGGCAUUUGGAGCUUCUCCCACCAACCGCCACUGCAAGUUUGGAAGCCCAGCGCCAAAGCCGACGCAAGCGCAGCAAUGGACGUGCCGUUCUUCGUCGCCUUCUCCGUCAUCCUCCUCCUCGGCCGGUACCUCCCCUUCGCGCUCCCGGCGAACGCGCGCGCCUCCCUGGCCAACGGCGCCGCGGCGCCGCCCGCCCGCGCCGCCAAGUGCGCCAUCUCGGUGGCCGUCGCGGGGCUCGCGCUGUUGGUGUCGUCCACGCAGUGCGUCUCUGCUUCCGGCGGCGGCCGGCCGCAGCAGCAGCAGUGCCCGGCGGAGGCGGCGAUGGAGGCGAGGGCGCUGUGGCUCAACUCCGCCGCGCUGUUCCUCGGGAUGCUCCUCGGGGCCGCCUCCGUGGCGCUGCACCCGCCCGCGCGCGCGCCGCCGGCCGUCGAGGUGGCCGUCGAGCACCUAACCGGGGUCACCGAGACCAUCGCGAUCACCGCGUUCGCGCACGACCUCUGCAUCCUCCUCAAGACCUCCAAGGUCUAACAAAUCGAGUUCCGCGACGGCAGCAUCGUCUUCAUCAGAAUUCAUGAUAGUAGUUCUGUUCACUUCAACAUCUAGAGGAAAAUUAGUAAUGAUGAUCGCCAACAUCAUCCAGUGCCGCGAUCUCUAUCAUCCGUCCCUGAUAAGCACUGCACUGACCGCGUCGUAGAUGCAUUAUCAUGCGGAAAAUCAUGGAAGGUCACUAUCUCCUAUAGUUUCACCAUGAUCAACCAGAACUGUACUGGCACAGAAAAUUCUGCUUGUGUAUUAUCAUAUCAGAGCGGUUGUUGGCGGGUCAAUAAUUUUGCUUUUGACAAAAACGUCUUGCGGCUUAGGGCCUGUUUGUUGUCUUGCGGUUUAGGGGCUGUUUGUUUCUCAAGACUAAACUUCAGUUCUGUCACAUCGAAUUUUUGAACAUCAUUUAGAAAUAUUAAAUAUAGAUUAGUUAUAAAGUCCAUUGCCCAAAUAAAGGCUAAUUCACGAGACGAAUCC